UCCAAUCCCCUGCAAGAUGUCCUGCUACGACCUGUGCCCCUCCUCUGCCUGUGGCGUCAUCCAGCCCCAGCCCCUGGCUGGCAGUGGGAAUGAGCCGUGCGUCCGCCAGUGCCCCGACUCCACCACCGUGAUCCAGCCUCCCGCCGUGGUGGUCACCUUCCCCGGCCCCAUCCUGAGCUCCUUCCCGCAGGAUUCCGUGGUGGGAUCUGCUGGAGCUCCCGUCCUCCCAGCCUCUGGGGCCUCCCUGGGCUAUGGGGGCUAUGGGUCCCUGGGCUAUGGGGGUCUCUAUGGAUAUGGGGGUUACGGAUCCCUGGGCUACGGGGGUCUGUAUGGAUAUGGGGGCUCCUCCCUGGGCUAUGGGGCUCUGGGUUCCUGUGGGGGGUACCGGGGCCUUUAUGGUUUUGGGAGAUCCUUUGGCUCCUGCAGCCCUUGGUCCUCCCGCUAUGGCCGCUACCGCCGCGGCAGCUGCGGGUCCUGCUAAAUCCGAGGGAAAAAUCCCUCAGCUUGGCAGAUGACACCGGUGGAUCCUCACCUGAGCUCCUGAGGAAGAGGAAGAGCAUCAGAACUUGACUUCAGACCAUGGAGUCAGAACCCCUGUGGAAAUUCUCCUUUUUGUUUCCUCCUUCCUUUCGGUCUCCUCUUCCCCGCCCCUUCCAGUGGCCAAAUGUGCAGCUCCACCAUCCAUUGGCUUCUCCCUGAAAUUCCUGCCUCCUGCCUCAAGGCUGAGGGAGCAGCUCUAGUGAGGGACAACCUGCUUGUCUUUGCCUCCUGUGUCCUUGUCCAGUGGGGCCUUCCCUACCCUUGCAAUAAAAAAGUCCUGCAUACAA